GCCGCUCCCAGGGUGCUUCGCGGCGCGAGAUGGCGGCGCUGGUGCUGGGCCGGCGGCUGGCGGCGCUGGGCCUCGCGGGGGGGAGGCGCCUGGGGCAGAGCCCCCCGGGGGCCCCGGCCGUGCCCGAGCCCCCCCCCGAGAGCCCCCCCGAGCCCGGCUACCCCGGCGUCGUGGAGUCCGCGGCCGAGUACGCCGCCUUCGUGGAGCGCCUGCUGCCCCCCACCCGCGUCCCCGCGCCCCCCGAGCACCCGUCGUACCCCACGCCCUCGGGCUGGAGCCCCCCCCGAGACCCGCCGCCCGCCCUGCCCUACUUCGUGCGCCGCUCCCGCAUGCACAACGUCCCCGUCUACCGCCAGCUCACCAAGGGCAACCGCAAGAUGACGGUGAUCCGGAAAAUCGAGGGGGAUAUCUGGGCGCUGGAGGGGGAGCUCAAGGCCUUCCUGGCCCCGCUCGCCGGGCGCCAGCCCCUCACGCAAGUCAACGAACUCACCGGCACCCUCCGCAUCAAGGGCCACUUCGACGGCGAGGUGAGAGCGUGGCUGCUGCAGAAAGGCUUUUAAAGGAGUUAAAAGCCGCCGCCGGGGACACGCUUAUUAUUAUUUUUUUCCCAGCCGCGUCCCUGUUUUAUUUACACGACACCACAGGAAAAAAAAAA